UCUGCUGAAGAAGUUUUUACCAUGUUCCUGUGGGACUGGCUGGCUGCUGCCCUCAGCUAUCUGGGCCUGUACCAUAAGAAAGGAAAGCUGGUGUUCCUGGGACUGGACAACGCCGGGAAGACGUCUCUGCUCAACCGGCUAAAGUUCGGUACCAUGGCAACGCCACGCCCCACCGGACAGCCUCACUGUGAGGAGCUGAACAUCGCCGACAUGACCUUCAGGACCCACGACCUUGGGGGGCACAAACAAGCCCGUCGUGUGUGGAGAGAGUACCUCCCAGCCGUGGACGCCAUAGUUUUCAUCAUCGAUGUUACUGACUCACACAGGUUCCAGGAGGCACACAAGGAACUGCAGGGUCUGCUGAAGGACGAGCUGACCUCCGCGACCCCGCUGCUGAUCCUGGGGAACAAGAUUGACGACCCGCGGGCGGCCGGGGAGUUCCAGCUCCGCACCGCGUUCGGACUGCACGGACUCACCACCGGCAAGGAACCCAGGACCCUCCCAUCAGGCCAACGGGCUGUGGAACUCUUCAUGUGCAGCGUUAAGGAGAAGCAGGGGUACGGGGAGGCCUUCCGCUGGCUGGCACAGCACUUCUGAGCAGGGGGGGGGGCAUUCACAGCACGGAACAGCCAACAUUCUGAGAUUUUAUUACAAGUAUGAGAAAAAUGGACUUGAAAGAGUCAAAGGUAAAAGGUCAAGAUAGUUAAAUAACUGAAAGUAAGACCUGUCAUCCAGUAAAUUCAAGACUCUUGUUGGGUACAUAUUGAUGAAAAUCGACCAUUUAAAAAUGACAAUCCUCAGUCGAAAUGUUGGGAUGCAAAACAAUUUAG